AUGGUAGUUAAGGGAUCAUUGUGCAAUUUAAAUUUAGGAUUUUAUCAUGAAAAUCCAAUCGUUUUCAUCCAAUCACAAUGGCAACGCAAUGAUAGAAGCAUUUUAUUUUUACUCUAUCGAUGGAUUCUUGCAGCUUUUUUUAUUGGAAUUUUAGCAUACAGUUGGACUAGAGCGAUACGAAAUGGAACUUUUGCCUUUUGGUUUAUAUAUUUGACCAAUUUAGGCUUAAUUUUCUGUAUAGUGGCAACAACAUUUGCCGCAAUUUUGGCAACUUUUUACUACAGAAACCCUCACAGACUUGAGUCUCAAUCAACAUCAUACAAAUUUCUCUGGUUCUGGUCAAAUGUAGCAGUAACGUCAGCACUUGUUAUAACGAUAGUUUAUUGGACUUUGCUUUUUGAUGGUAGGACAGACGCAUUGGACAUCUUGAUUCAUGGUGGAAAUUCUGCUGCAAUGAUAAUCGAUUUACUAAUUGCUUGCCAUCCAAUGUAUAUCAUACAUUUCAUUUGGCCAGUUGGUUUGGGCAUACUUUACUUGAUAUUCACAGUCAUCUAUUAUUUUGCGGGUGGUGUUGAUGCGCAAGGAAAUCGUUACAUUUAUGAUGUUCUCGAUUGGAGUAGGACAGAUGCAUUGGACAUCUUGAUUCAUGGUGGAAAUUCUGCUGCAAUGAUAAUCGAUUUACUAAUUGCUUGUCAUCCAAUGUAUAUCAUACAUUUCGUAUAUCCAGUUGGUGUAGGCAUACUUUACAUGAUCUUCACAAUCAUCUAUUAUUUUGCGGGUGGUGUUGAUGCGCAAGGAAAUCGUUACAUUUACGAUGUUCUAGAUUGGAGUAAUCCAGGAAGUGCUGCUUUGACCUCUAUAGGAACAGUCAUUUUAGCCAUUUUUCUUCAUGUCAUUGUUUGUCUGAUACAGACUGCAAGAAGAAGAAUUCAUAAGAAAUAUUUCAAGAAACAAAGUGUUACAAAUUAUCAAGUUACCAACAUAGCUCAACAUAUAUGA